ACUCCCUGUCCCCCCAACCUACACCCUCUCCCACUAUAUCGCGAGAGACUGGUUGGGACAGCAGGCAGAGAAAUAUUCAUAUACCUGCAACAAGAGCAGUCGCAAAGCCCUUAUAAAUAAAUAGAUACGAUACGAUUCAUCAAUAAGUUUAGCAUCAACAGGGGACAGCUAGACGAAGAGGAAUGAAUAUUAUUGUAAACAUUGGCAGACACACUGCCUGCCUAGCAAUACAGCCAGCUAGCUGACCAGCAGCUCAAACUUGAUAAUUUAAUAGCAGUGCUGUGUUAUCUUGUUAGCACCAGGCUAGCUCAAAAAUACGUUUGCACGGAAACCUUUUUGGAUUUCACUAAGGCCAACGAACAAAUCGCGUCAUAUGUGCACAAAAGCGAACAACUGCGCCGGCCUCGAGUUACACCGUGGCCUGAAAAUGGUCACAAAUCCCAAGCGUAGGAUCCUCUCCGAACCGUAAACCAGAGACCACCUGAAAACUACCAUCAUCAGCUUAGCCUGCUGCUCCUGACAUCUUUUAGUUUUGCUCCUACAUACACACAUUAUUGUGUAUAGAAUGUGAAGUACUUUAGACGAAUACAGAGCCAAGUCUUUUUCUUUAAAUGGGGGAAGACGAUUCCUGGCCAUUUUUAUCAGGCCACAUAUUUUUGGUCAGGUUUUCAGAAUUGGAGUCUAUCAUAAAACCGUAGCCUGAUGAACAGAUUGCGUGCCCCCCAUACACACCUAAUCGCAGCCAUCCUGACGUCUUUGAUGAUCGGUUGGUCUGAGAUUGAUUAGUCAGUCAUGAACGGCUCCUUAUUAACUCCACCGAGUCCACGGGCUGCGGCUAAUUCAUCUCCCCUUCCGCCAUCCCCUUCUCCAUCGCCCUCUCCUCCGUCUCCAUCGCUGUUGCCCUUGUCCACCAGACCUCCGCCUUUGCCUCCUCCGACUCCUGUAGGUCAACCCUUGUCUUCGUUAUCCGACACACCCACACCAUCGCCAUCUCCCUGCCUCAGCUGGACCGAGUUCUGUGAGCUCCAUGCCCGGGUAGCCGCCGGGGAUUUUGCUCGACAUUUCCGGGCCUUCCUUCAGGAGAACCCAAAUUACUCCCCUGAUUCGGCAGCUCUUUUUUGCCGUCGCUUUACAGACAGAUUUGUUCGGCAUUUUGAGAGCGAGCUUGAAGUAACUGGUAUCAGUAGGGAAGGUACGGUGAAUUGGGUCGCCCAAUCGGAUGUUACCUCGUUAGAGGAGGAUGCAGCAUCUCCGUCUUUGCUAACGGCGGAAUCCGCAGCAGCCUCAUGCCCACCUAUUCACACACGGGCCACUCCCAAACCUAUCCUGACCCAGGAAAGCCGUGGUACAGAACGAUUCCAGAACUCUGGAGGCUUUCAGGACUCGUACGCUCACGCGCAGAUUCUCCCACCGUCCUCCUCGUCGUCUUGCUCGUCCUCUAUGGGUGGAAAUAACGGGCGCAGAGAGGAGAGGGGAAUGGCCCUCAAACACAAUCCUUCAGGAUAUAAAGACCUAGAGGAAGAGGAAGAUAGCUGGGCAGGACCUGUAACUCUGGAGGAGGUAGAGACCGACAUCAUAGGUAGGGACAAUGAGGGCGAGGAUUUAGAAAGAGCCGACCUCACCCUCAAUCCCUCCAGUGCACCAGCAAACUCGAAAGGCAACGGGACGCCUAUUGGAGGUCACUCCAAGAACAAGUUAAAGAAGCGUUUCUCUUUGCGCAGUGUGGGACGGAGUGUCAGGGGUAGUGUGAGGGGCAUCUUGCAUUGGCGCAGCUCCUCCAGCGACUCCCCGCAGAACUGCAGCAACUCCAGCCCUCUUCCCUCCAGCUACAGCUACACUACUGGCCUGCAGGAUGGCAAGAGGAACUCCGGCUCGCAAGGGGUUCCCUCUUCUCUCCCGGUGUCUCUCUCUCUUCCCCUUUCCCUUCCUCACUCCUCGUCCUCUUCACUGCCCCCUUCAUCCUCCAGCAGCGCCACUUCUCUUUCGCUCUCUGAGGCCCGCGACUGGCGAAGGAGCAACGGAGAUGGCGAGAAGGAGAAAUGGAGUCACCGGUUGGAAAAACUACGACUGUCUCGCUCUCCUCCGCCAAAUCUGUCCAGCGCAGCUCCUCCAUCUUCGGUUUUAUCCCCUUCAUCGCUCCCACCAAGCAGCAUCAACGCCUCCAGGAAGAUGGGCAGGCUGGUGCGGGAGGGAGGAGUGACCGUGUGCUCAUCUUCGGAUGAGUUCGCCAGCACUCACGGGUUCCCAGGCUUUUCCUUUGGACUGCUGCAUCACGGCGCAGACAGCUCUGUGUCUGGACAUCCCACAGCCAUAGGUGGCGCUGUGGGUGGACGGGGUACGCGUUGGCACAAGUGCCGUCUAGUUCUGAAAGAACGAGAUAAGGAUGGAGGGGAUGGAGGGUUGGAAUAUUUCCUGGAGUUUUACAUCCCGCCGAAGUCCUCCAAGCCCAGACUGACUGUCCCAUGCUGCUCUAUUGUUGACGUGAGGAGCACUACAGCCAUUGAGGUGCCAGACAAGGAGAACACCUUCCUUCUACAGAUGGAAGGUCAGGUGCAGUACGUGAUUGAGACCAGAGAUGCGGUUCAGAUGAGAGCGUGGCUCAGCGACAUCAGAAACGCUAUCUGUUUGAGUGAGCAAGAGGAUGUUGAUGGGGUAUGUGGGAGUGCUCUGACUGACCUCAGCGGUACGCCGGAAUUCAGCGACCGCCUGUCUCAAGUGUGCUAUGGUGGAGUUGGUGGUUCUCCACAGCUGGAGCCUCUACCUCCUGAAUUACCGCCCCGCGCCCCUCUGGACGAAUCAGAUAGUCGGCUGCUUGGUGGGGGCGGAGCCAGUCUCGGCACACCUUUUGCUGAAACCCCUGAUGCCACAGGGUCGUUCCUGUUCUCUGAUGUGUCUGUGUCUGAGACGGUGGAGCAUCCUCUGAGCGAGUGUCAGUGGUUUCACGGUACACUCUCGCGUCUUAAAGCGGCUCAGCUGGUGCUGGCGGGUGGCAUGGCCAGUCAUGGAGUAUUUCUCGUGCGGCAGAGUGAGACACGGCGGGGGGAGUAUGUGCUCACCUUCAACUUCCAGGGAAAAGCAAAGCACUUGCGCCUCUCUCUGAACGAGGAUGGACAGUGUCGUGUGCAGCAUCUCUGGUUCCAGUCUAUUUUUGACAUGCUGGAGCAUUUCCGUGUGCACCCCAUUCCCCUGGAGUCUGGGGGUGCCUCUGAUGUCACCCUCAUCAGCUUUGUGGGGGCUACAAAUGUCCGGCAACCAGGCCGGGAAAGGGCAGGCAGCCGCCCCACAGUCUGUGAUGUCAUCACCACGCGCCACCCCGACUCUCCAUCAACCCCCAUCUCUGACUGUGUACUUGACCAGCAGACCCCGUAGUCCUCCCCAACCGCCGCCUCCACCCUUGCCUCCAGGACGCCCCCCGCCCCCAACCCCGCCCCAGGAGCGCGGACCCGAGCCUGAGGUGGCCGGCGGAGGCGGAGCGAGCAGCGGGGCGGAGGAGUGCGAGGAGCGAGAGCGGGAGCCAGCGCUUCUCCAACUGGAAGGGGUGGAGGGAGAAGAGCGCGAAGGAGGAAGAGCGAGAGCUAUCGACAACCAGUACUCCUUCUUCUGAACCCAGAACCAGGACAGCCCUUCACAAUCAGUAUUUUCAGUAUUCUCCAACUGACUGAUUUAUUAUUAACACUAUUAAACAUGAGCUUUCACCAUGCGAGAGAGGGAGAUAUAUAUAUAUAUAUAAAUAGAGAGAGAGAGAGAGAUUCAUACACAUUGACGGUACAUUUUUAAAACACUAAAGUAUCGGUACUACACUAAAUCAGAGGUGCAUUGUGAAACUGUUGGGUCGGCUUUUACUAAUUGGUUUCUCCAGCGUUUGUCAGUGUGAACGUUUCCUCCUCUGGUGCUUGUUGAUUUUGCAUAGGAAGGUACGACCAUGAGCGCCACCGUUUUUAUUUUAGCAUUUCGUAACGAGUCGCAAUUUCAAGUCGGGACUCGGGAUGACUAGUAUUCUUUAACCCUUCGCACUUAUACAAAAAAUAAUUUUUUUGGUCGUUUGUUGUUGUUGUUGUUGAUGUUGAAAUUUUUACUUGUUCAGAGAUUGUUACCCACCAGCACUCUUGUUAUUGUUGUUAUAUUAUUAUUAUUAUUAAUACUGGAGACGUUUUAGUUGAUUUCUUUAUGUUCUGCCACUGACAAACUACGAAUGUCGCAAAAAAAAAAAAACAACGAUACAAAAACCAAGUAAUAACUAUUCUUCCUGUUACUUUCAGUUGUGAUUAUUUUGCUAGAUACUACCUUGGGCUUAACAAAGUUUUGCCAAAAAAAAAAAAAAAAAAAAAAA